AUGAACUCGCAGUCGCAAUUCGAUCCAGCCACCGUGAUCGGGCUAUCUGGCGCGACGCCUGGCGGUCGACCAGAUCCCAGCUUCGAUAUCUUCGAAUGGUAUCCUCGCUACCAGAGCUGCCAGCGAUAUUUCCUCGAUCAUGCACAACACAGCGUCCCCGUGCAGGCAUUGUCCGCCUUUUUGAAUAUCAACCUUCCCUUUCAACGGCGUCCCGACCCAGUCAUGAACUCGUCUCCGAUCAUUGUCCCCGCAGGCGUCACUCCCGGGGGCCCAGCAUCGACGGGGUCGCCCGCCGUCUCUCUGACCCCAUACAUUCGUCGCUUGGUCGCCACGGGUAUGGAUUUCCCAGGUGUGCUACACGGGUUUUUUGGGGACGACUGGAACGCGGGAGUCGGUCCCCUGCACGAGCAGGAGCGGCGCAAUUACUUGUUCGCCGCCAAGAGUGGCGGCUGGGCCGCCGUGAAGAAGGACUACGAUAUUCUCCCGCUCGAGACGAUACCAUUCCUGCGCCCGCUGCAAGGGCCCGUCGAUACGGAGAUCCAAGCCGCCGAGCGCAGUUGGAGUGAAUGGCUCGCCAUGGAGGAUUGGAUGGUUGGCCCUCGUGCACCGGAUGCUCUUCAUGACUCCUCCUCACAGAAUUCCCGGUCGCGCAGCUCUCGCUGA